UUACAGUCUAUAAUACCGAGGUAAACAAGAAACUGCAUGUAGUUCUGCAAUUUUUGGUAAUCUAUAUCAAUAUCAGUAUAUCUAGAUAGUAGAUUUCUAUCACCUAGAUAAAAACAAAUAGUCUAGAAAACGUAAACCAUUCAUUUAAGGAGCUGAAUAUUAAUAAACAAUGGCUGGCGUGCUCUUUGAGGAUAUUUUCGACGUAAAACAUGUCGAUCCUGAUGGCAAAAAAUUCGACAGAGUGUCAAGACUCUUCUGUGAAAGUGAGUCUUUUAAGAUGGACCUGAUAUUAGAUGUCAACACACUCAUUUAUCCAGUGGAAUUAGGUGACAAAUUCCGCCUCGUCAUUGCCACCACUCUCCGUGAAGAUGGUUGUCCAGACGAUGGUGAGUUUAACCCCACGAACACCGGACCUAGUCGAGCUGACCAGUUUGAGUAUGUGAUGUAUGGCAAGGUCUACAGAAUCGAAGGAGAUGAUGGCACCCUCGACUCUUCUAGACUGGCUGCCUACGUGUCGUUUGGAGGUCUACUGAUGAGACUUAAAGGAGAUCCGAACAACUUGCAUGGCUUUGAAAUAGACUCCAGGAUAUAUCUCAUGAUGAAAAAACUGGCUUUCUGAAGGAGGAUGAUCUGUUUGAAUGGAAAUAGUGUGUGUGUGUGUGUUGCUAGUUGUACUCACCACAAAGUGUUCGAAGUUGAUGUACUACAUUAUGUUCUCAUUUCAAAAUAAAUAUUAAAUCACAUGCACAAA